AUGGAUCUCUCAUCACAGCCACCACGCCGAGUGAUCAUAAUCGGGGCUGGUAUCUCCGGCCUCGCAAUGGCAUGCCAGCUGAAGAGAAACUUCAACACAGAAGAUUACUGGAUUUACGACCGUCAGACCGGCAUCGGAGGUGCCUGGUGGGCAAAUACAUAUCCCGGAUGCGCCGUCGACGUCCCCGGAUUCUGCUACACCUUUUCCUUCGCCCCCAACCCCGGCUUCACGAAAGUAUUUCCCUCGCAGCCAGAGAUCCUCGGCUACUUGAGCGAUGUCGCGACACAGUAUGGCGUGGACCGCCAUUUCACGGGUGGAGUUGAAUGGACAGGUGCCGUUUGGCAGGAGAAGACACAAACGUGGAUUGUCACACUACAAGACUUGAGGACGGGUCUGUCAUUCACACAGGAAUGCCAGGUUCUGAUCUCUGCUGUUGGGGGGAUUGUCAACCCGAACAGUCUGAAUAUCCCUGGCGCAGAGACCUUCCAGGGCCAGAUCAUGCACACUGCGAGAUGGAGACACGAUGUUGAUCUGACAAACAAACAUGUGGCUGUUAUUGGGAAUGGAGCAUCCGCCGUCCAACUCGUCCCAGCGAUAGUCGACAAAGCUAAAUUUGUCACUCAAUUCAUGAGAACACCUCACCACAUCGUUGAAGCGACAAACUACGACAUCUCACCACGAUGGAGGGUUCUUUUCCGCCACAUCCCCAUCCUGCUUUAUCUCCUCCGCCUCUUCAUGCUUCUAUACAUGGAAACCGCCUUCUUCCAAUUCCGAACCACCCCAAGCGGCAAACACGGUCGAAAGGCUUCUGAGAAAGCAAGUCGGGAAUAUGUGCAAAGCAUGGCUCCUAAAAGAUACUGGGACCUCCUCAUACCCAGCUAUGAAUUCGGCUGCAAGCGCCGCAUCUUCGACCGCAACUACCUCACCACCCUCUCCACCGCCCAAAACCUCCACCUGACCAACGACCCCAUCACCGAAAUCACCGCCAAUUCGAUCCGUACCCGCUCUGGCGCUGAAGUACCGGUCGAUGUUAUUCUCCUAGCAACCGGCUUCUCCCUAACCCAAUACACCACCCCCCUGCACGGCCGCUCCCACAAAACCCGCGACACGCACUGGACGCAAUACGGCCACAAAGCGACCUUCAAGACGGUGGCGAUGCACGGGUUCCCCAAUUUCUUUUACUUGUUGGGCCCGAAUUCAGGGAGGUUGUAUACGUCGACGGUGCAGAUUAUUGAGAGUGCGUAUUUCGUGGAUAAGGACACAGGUAAAAACUGGUUCGUGUAUCCGUGGAAUUCGUUUGAUCUGUGGGUGUCGACGCAUUGGGAUGUCUUGAAGGAUUGGGAGUAUCGGAUGUGGAGGUGAUGGUAAUCUCUUGGCUGGCUUCUUCUAUUUUGAUUUUAUCUUUAGAGAUUGGACUGGAAUAUUGGGUUGGUUUGCAAUUUAUUAGCGUUUUGGAAGCGAGAUAUAGAUUCAGAUAACGCGUGGUUAUUUUUUUG